UGCAAGGUGGAUUUCAUCGAUGUCACAGUUGCGAUGACACUGAAGAGGGUGACAAAGGUAUCAGUGUUAAGUAAUUACGACACUGAAAUCAAACCCAUCUCUGCACCUUCUCCAAGUGGGGGACCUGACUCCUCCAUUAACUCUCAUUUCGCCCUCAAGCUUCACUUACACCCAUACCAAACUCAACCAGACCGCUUCUAUAAAUUACUUCUCAGUUCGAUCCCUCUCCUCAAAUCAAACCAAACAAUGAUGAUGAUGACGAUGAAACGCAGCAAGCUUUCUGCAACUGUGACUGUGUUAGCCAUUGUGACGCUGCUUCUUGUUGAGGCUCCACGCCCUCACAUGGGUCAGGGCGUCACUUGCAGCCCCCUUGAGCUGAGCCCUUGCCUUGGCUCCAUCACUUCAUCGUCCCCUCCUUCAACCACCUGCUGCCAGAAGGUGAGGGAGCAGAGGCCUUGCCUGUGUGAGUAUCUGCAAAACCCAAGUCUGAGGCAAUAUGUCAACAGUCCUGGUGCCAGAAGGGUUGCUACUUCUUGUGGAGUUCCCUAUCCAACUUGUUAAUUAAUUACCAAAAUUAAUAUAUAUAUAUAUAUGUGUGUGUGUGUGUGUGUGAGAUUUUUUUUAAUACGUGUAUUAUUGCAAGUAUAUACUAGCCACUAUUAUAUUUACAUUCUGCAAUUUAUUAGUUUAUUAAUGCAUUAAUUAGUUAUGUGUGACAUGUGUGGAUCAGUGCUCCAUGCAUACAGUUCUGUUAUCUAUAUUAUGAUUAAGAAAUAAACGAAACAUUUUGAAUGCA